AUGGCUAUAUCUCCUAGUGACUCUACUAUGAAGAUGGAUCCCAAACAAGUCCAGCAACCCGAUUGGGAUAUUGAGCAACGGGAACCCGAGAAAAAGCGCUCAGGUGUGCUCAAUGUAGUGAUUUCCGGGUUGGCCUUGUUCAGUGAUGGAUACAACGCUCAAAUCAUUGGCUAUAUGGAGCCUUUAUUCUCAGUACUCUACAUGGAUGGAAUGUCUUCAACUAUAAAGUCGCGGCUGUCAAACUCAUAUCUCAUCGGCGAGAUAUUUGGCAUGCUAUUCUUUGGGGUCCUAAUUGACCGCAUUGGUCGUCGGACUGGUAUUGUCGCCGCAACGGCGUUUCUUAUUAUCGGAGUGGUGUUGGCAACGGCCUCUCAUGGAAAAUCGCAGCUAGGAAUGUUUUGGAUGAUGAUCGUUGCAAGAGGCAUUGCAGGAUUUGGCGCUGGGGGGGAAUAUCCUGUCUGUGCCACCAGUGCCACCGAGGCAGCCGACGAGACAGUCCAUCUCCGGAAGCGACGUGGUUUCUUGGUUGCACUAACCACCGAUUUUGCUAUAGAUCUGGGCUUUGUUGCAGCUGGUUUGGUUGCUCUUAUUGUUCUUGCAUGUUACAGCCAACAAAACUCUGAAGGGGUCUGGCGCAUUACAUUCGGUUUGGGUAUUGUGUUGCCACUAUCCAUCUGCUUCUUCCGCGUUCGGAUGGUCAACUCUACCCAAUACAGAAAGCAUGCUAUCAAGUCGCAGUAUCCCUAUGGUUUAGUGCUACGUCGCUACUGGAAACCAAUGCUUGGAACAUCUUUGGCUUGGUUCUGCUACGACUUCGUCACAUAUCCAUUUGGCCUGUUCUCAUCCACCAUAAUUGAGCAGCUGAGCCCACACAACUCCUCAGUUCAGAAUAUUGGAUAUGGGAACUUCCAGACUGUUAUCAAUUGCUUUUAUCUUCCAGGAUGCUUGCUUGGUGGUAUACUGAUGGAUCGAAUUGGGCGUAAACAGACCAUGACCCUAGGUUUCCUGAUUUGGGCUAUAUGGGGGUUUAUUCUGGGGGCUGCGCUUCACCCUAUUCAAAGUGUCUUUCCACUUUUUGUCGUCAUGUAUGGCAUUUUCCAAGCACUCGGAGAGAUGGGGCCUGGGGUCUCAACAUUCCUCUGUGCUUCGGAGUCAUUCCCAACACCUCUCCGUGGCCAUUUCCUCGGAUUUGCAGCCGCUGUUGGCAAAGCUGGGGCAUCGAUUGGGACAGAAGUCUUCACCCCGAUCCAGAACUCCUUCGAUACCACCGCCAAAGGUCAGCAGGCUGUUUUCCUAAUCGGUUCUGCCUUUACAGUGGUAGGUGGUUUGGUUGCCUGGUUCCUCAUCCCAGAUAUGUCUCGAGAGCUAGAGACAGAGGAUGCCAAGUUCAAAGCAUACUUGGAAGAACAAGGUUAUGAUGUGAGUUUGUAUGGUGAGGCACUGGUUGUCAACGCCCGCGGUUUGAUUUAA